ACAUUCAUUCACCCCCAUCUCCACUUGCAUGUCCAUUCGCCCACCUAGCUCAAAUCCCUUUAGCUAUCAUCUCUUCCACAGAUAUUCACAAUAAACUCUCACACUUUCGCACCAUGUUUGCAGUUCUCUCCAUAGCCCUACCAAUCUUCUUCAUCCUCUUCUUCUUCACCCUUCGUUCCUCCCGGAGAGCAGUGUACUUGUUGGAUUUUUGCUGCUACAAACCGGCGGGUGAGGCCCAGAAAUGUUCGAAAGAACUGGUGAUGGAGAGAAGCCGGCUGUACGGGAACUUCACGGAGGAGACGCUAGGGUUCAUGGACAAGAUCUCGGACAGGUCGGGGCUGGGGCAGUCCACGUACCUGCCGGAGGCGCUGCUCCGGGAGCCGCCGAGCCCCAGCAUGGGGGAAGCCAGGAGGGAGGCGGAGGCGGUGGUGUUCGGGGCGGUGGACCAGCUGCUGGCGGCGGCGGGAGUGAAAGGCGAGGAGUUGGCUAUACUAGUUGUCAACUGCAGCGUUUUCAACGUCGUGCCUUGUCUUUCAGACAUGGUGGUCAAUCGGUACAAGCUUAGGGACGGCGCCGUGAGCUAUAAUCUUUCAGGGAUGGGUUGCGGUGCUGGCCUCUGUGCUAUAGGCCUCGCCGAACAGCUUCUACAGGUGCACCGCAACUCUUACGCUCUAGUGGUGAGCACAGAGAACAUCACCCAAAACGCCUACAUGGGCAACGACCGUUCCAUGGUCCUCCUCAAUUGCCUCUUCCGGGUAGGCGGGGCUGCCGUCCUCCUCUCCAAUAGGCCGUCCGAUCUUGCCUCCUCCAAGUACCAACUCAUCCACACCGUUCGCUCCCACACCGCCAGUUCGGACCGUUCCUACGAGUGCAUCUUCCAGCAAGAAGAUGGGGAGGGACGCGUGGGAGUCACCAUCACCAAAGAUCUCAUGGCUGUGGCCAUCCACGCCAUCAAAGCCAACGUCACCUCACUGGGUCGCGUAGUCCUUCCCCUAUCGGAACAAAUCCUGUAUCUCUCCAACUGCGCACUGCGACGCCUCCGCGUGGCGGAUAUCCAGCCGUACGUGCCAAAAUUCAAGUCGGCCUUCGAUCACUUCUUCCCCCACGUUGGCGGAAAACCUGUACUGGACGAACUGGAGAGAAGCUUGGGUUUUAGUGGGACCCAAAUGGAAGCUUGUAGAAUGACGUUGUACAGGUUUGGGAAUACGUCCAGUAGUUCAGUGUGGUAUGAGCUGGCGUAUGCGGAGGCCAAAGGGAGGAUCAAGAGGGGUGAUCGUGUGUGGCAGAUCGCAUUUGGGUCUGGGUUCAAGUGCAGCAGCGCGGUCUGGCGGGCAACGAGGACCGUCGACCGGGAGAGGAAGAACCCCUGGAGUGAUGAGAUUGAUCAGUUUCCGGUGGACCCGCAGCAAGUCGUAGGAUCAUUUCCUUACUAUUUUGAGCCGUCCGAAUAGACACGAUUUGAUGAUCAAUUUACUCUUUUGGAAGUCUCUUUGCUGCACAUUAAUAUUUAGUAGAGGUUCACUUUCCCCGUCU